GUUCCUCUCGCUGCUGAGCCCAGCUUCAGCAGCCAGGGUCCUCCCGGCCAGUGGCCUGCGCUUGCACAGGACCCGCCGGAGCAAAGCCAAAGCCCUUCCGGGCAGGCCCUUUCGCCUGCAGAGGCGCCCGCUGAGCCACCGCGCGGUGGCCAGCCCGGGCUGUGGCCUGACACACCCGCAGAGGUUCCCAGGUCUCCGGAGCCCGGGCACAGCGAGAGCGUUUCCAGCCAGUGGCCUGCACCUGGACAGGUUGCUGCAAAUGGGCCCAGCAGCAAUGCCCUUCAGUGGCCUCCAUCAGUUGAGUUGGCGUCGGAGCAGUGGCCGGAAACAGCUGCAGAGGCUUCCACGCCCAUCCGAUGGCCCGAUGCCCCUUUGCAGGUCUCAAGCGAGACGCAGCAAGCGACGCAGAGCCCGGCACAGGAGCCAGCUGCUUUCAGCUCUACUCCACCGAUGAAGGCCCCUGACGACUCGGCAGAAGUUCCUGUGGCAUCAUCCCCGGCAGAGGCCGCUGACUCGGCAGCUGUGAGAGCUGUCGCUGCGUGGCCCGAGCCAACUCAGGCAAUGUCAAGUGCCGAUCCGUCAUCUGCCACAAUGGACUGGCCCUCACACAUGCAGGCGUCAGAUGGGGCCUUUGGUUGGCCGGCAGCGCCUGUCGAGGCAGAGGCCCCGGUGCCUUCGUCCUGGCCAUCACCAACAGAGGAGGUGUCGCCCCCAUCUGCAACCAAGGCCAGCGACCUGACUUCCAGUGCCACCGACACACAGCAGCCGAAGGUGGCUGUGUCGCUGCCUUUGGGAUCUUUGCCAAGUGGUGCCAAGUCUGCAGAGGAGCCGGAAGAGCUUCCGAGCUGGUGGCCGAAGGGAAGCUGA